AUGCCGAGAAAUCAUUUCCUGGCGGCGCGGGUUGGAGUCCGCUCGACGAGACUUGAGUUCCUGCGCCCAAGGCCUAAUGGAGCCGAGGAGGAGGAGAGGAACCCGGAGGCAUGGAGAAUGGAGAUGGACAACGUCUCGGCGCCUAUCCCUCCCACUCAAUCUCUAAACCCCUGCUUGCGCUGCGUUGCCGGCGCCCGACUUGAUGCGAGCCGUCCACCAUUUCACAACCGGAACCCCAGGCCGAUGCUAAGGUCCCAAGUCAGUUACACUUAUGAACGAGUGACGUACGCACCAUACGACGUACGCACCAUGUGCUGGUGUGCUUAG